AUGCAUAUCCUCUCACUCGCCCUCUCGCUCCUCGCCGCUGCUUCCACAGUCGCCGCCGCUCCGCAGAAGGGCUGGAACGGCAACUUCAAGACGCACAUUGCAUUCGGCGACAGCUACACGGACGAAUCGCGGCUCUCCUACCUAAUCGCUCACAACGGCACGAACCCGCCGGUAGGCUGGAUAGCACCGGACUCGAACUCGUCCGCGUCCGGCGGGCACAGCUGGGCGCGGUACGCGACGUACUACACAGGGGCAACGCUGUACAACUACGCAGUCUCCGGCGCCGUCUGCAGCAACGAGCUGACGCCGCGGUUCCUCAGCUCGAUCAACCGCGACUUCCCCGAUGUCGAGGGGUACGAGGUGCCCGCGUUCGCGGCGGAUCUGAGGUCCGGCGCCCUGGAUGUGGACUGGAAGACGACGGUUGUCAGCCUGUGGAUUGGAACUAAUGAUCUGGGCGGAGGCCUGUUCAUGGAUCAUGCGCAGAAGAGGGGCGCUACCGAGGUGGACUAUACGAAAUGUGUCUGGAAACAGCUAAGGAGUCUGCAUAAACUUGGUGCGAGGAACUUCGUGUUGCUGAAUAUUGCGCCGCUGGACCUCUCCCCCCUCUACUCGACCGAGCCAGGCCCGAGCCGUUUCUGGUUGAACAAAGGGACGAACAUGACCGCGAUAUCGAGCACGAUGGCCUCCACCGUCGCCAGCGUGAACGAGAUCUUCAGUCUCCGCGCCGCGGCCUACACCAAGUCGCAACUUCCCAACUCCAAGCUUGCAAUCCUCGACACCAACUCACUGCUGGCGGAUAUCUACCACCGGCCGGAGCUGUACCUCAACGGCACCGCGCCGCUCAACGUCACGGGAUACAACUACGGCUGCACCGCGGAUUACUCACGCUGCAGGACCUAUAGGGGUGACGAUAGAGACGCGUUCAUGUGGUACGAUGAAUUACAUCCUAGUGAGCAGGUUGGGAGGGUCCUUGCCAAGGUAUGGACCGAGGUGGUGAGGGGCGGGAAGAAGUGGGUGACGUUCUUUUAG